AUAGAGUUGAAACGUUUCAAUCCAAUAUUCCAAUUACAAACGCCGAAUUAGAAGACGAUAUUCCAAUUUGAUUGGAAUAUAAAUUUGGAAAACUGUUGGAAUCAGGCAUCAGUUUUCAUUUGCGUUCAUAUAGAUUGAUCGCCAUAAUGGACAUCGUCUCCGAAAUGUAAACCGCUAGUUCAUAUUAGGGUUAGGGUUGCCCUUGCCCGUUGCCUUGGCUACGGUGCAGCCACAACACACGCACUUUGUAGAUUCGCAGAAAAUGGAUGUACUCUCGCACUAUAGUUCGCCCGUGGUCGAAUUUGUGGCCACGCAGCCUGUGGAAAAGCAGCACGCACUGGUGGACAACUGCACGGGCACGGAUCCGCCGCCACCAAGUGCAGAUGCGUGCACCGCGACACAGGAGAAGCAGCAUGCGGCCACCCAAACAGAGCAACGCGUCGCCAACAGCGAGUGCGUUGAAUACGACGAGCGGGCGCUGGCAAAGUUUCUGCGUCAGAUAUGUCCUCUGGUGGAGGAGGAGCUAAUGCACCCCACGCCACUGUUGGAAGAGCAGACGAUGAGCCAGGCAGCACUGGAGGAAGAGCAGAAGGUGUUCACCUACCAGAAGAUCGCCAUGGGCGGCAUGGAGAACUCGCAGGGGCUGGCGAUUUGGCUGUGUGUCCACACAAACAAUGCUCCCGUAUUGGUGGUCACAACGGUGGCUUCCCACGACGACUGGUGCGAGCAUGUGGACCAGCAGCUGAAGCUGUUCGUGCCGCAGCGAAUGUCCCAUGGCAACUUUGUGAUUUACACGGAGGUCAAGACGCUGCCGCUGAAGUCCUGCCUGCGCAGCCUGUGCACGAAUCCCUUCAACAAGAACAUGUUCGCGGGAUCCACCAUGGAUGGGGAGCUGUUUGUCUGGCUGUACGAGCAGUCUCGUGGUGGCAGCGGUGACGCCAAUGUGGACAUCCAACAGAUGUACAGCGUAUCGUCCACGCAGGGUGCAGCCGUCGCCUUGGACUGGGUUACGGAAACGCUUCUGCUCGCCUGCUAUGCCAACGGAUCCGUUCGUCAGUGGGAUCUCAGCAAGCAGAUGACCCUGGAUUGGGAAUACUCUCUGCCCGCUACUGUUACUACGGAGCUGACGGCCAUGGUGGCUCUGGGACUAGAUGACUUUGUUGUGGGCACCAACGAUGGCGGCAUCUAUCGCUGCUGGAGCACUGGGCGCCAGGCUGCAUCCACAAAAAAGCAGCUGCAGUUGUUGGCUUUGCGUCGACAUCGAUUCAUGGUCUCCACGCUGCUUAAGACGGAAAUGGGAGGCCAUCAAUUCGUUCUCAGCUGCGACCUCAGCGGACAGGCGUUCUACCAUGAUAUGCGACACGCGGAUGAGGACAUGGCUCAGUUGAUUGUGCAGAUACCAUUGCCCUUCAAGAACGUCGUUGCCUGCAGCCGGGAUGGGAACAUCAUCUACUGCCCCGCCAGCGACGGUGCUCUGGAAUACUACAGAGUCAGCGAUGGUGCGCAUGCGUAUGUCAAGGGAGCAUUGCGCGGCAGAGGCAGCCUUAUCCGGAGCAGCGACAAUGGCUGCUGGUUGAUCACGGGCCUUUACGGCGACGAGUUUCAGAUAUUCUACGUGGAGCAUUGAAAGAUGAUUGUGUCGGUCUUGAUAUAAUCGCUUGUAUUUGCAUGACUGCUUAAGUUAGUGUACGGUUAAUCUUCUCAUAGGGGGGGAAGGGGGUUGCUAUUUACACGAGUUUAUUUUAAAAUUUUUCAGAUCUCUAACAAAUACCAUGUGUAGAUAUAUAUACUAUGUAUUUUUGUUUUGUUUGUAUAAACAAGAGUUUCUCUGUUUAGAAUUUCGAACAAAAUGCAACAAAAAUAUAGCCAUUUUGGUACUAUUGCGUUUGAUUGACUUAUUUCUGGUAUCUCGAGGGGUAAACUGCGUUAAAACUGCGCCAUUUCUCAUAAAGUUCACAAAGUAAAACAUUCUCAACACGAACUACAUUACCAAACAUUCAAUAGUGUACACUUUUUAUCAGGCUUGUGGUAAAUACAUUUUGUAUACAUACAUAUAAAAAAAAUAAGGUAUAGUGCAAAGAGAAAAGUAUUGGUUGGCAGACGCAGACACAGACGUGCCACAGAGGACAAUGACAUAAUUACAAAAUGGCAUUAGAUGAAUACUUUUGCUUGUAUUGAAACACUUGCCCUAGCGUAGAAUAAAUUAUAACAUACAAUUAACGAGAUAUACGGGGUUAUACAUAUAAAUAUAUAAUAGAACUGCACACAAUUUUGCUAAAUCUCUCACUUUCGAACGUCUGAUGACUCUACCAUAACUCUACUACUCAGAUCCAUGCGAUUUACUAAUCCAGUCAACUUCUGCUCCAUACUCCACUAUCCACUCCAUAUCCACACGUUCAACUGUUCACUUAAGCUUAGGUUUGCAAUCUGCACUUUGCACAUAUCAAAUAUUGUGGGUUUGCGAUAGUAAUAACUAGAAGCGGCGGUGACGGCGGUCACCCAGCUCCCGAUUGACUCAUAAAUUCAAUUGAAGAGCACUGUAUUAGGGUCUUCGUUAUCCAUUUGUUUCACAUGACGCAGCACAUCCUUCUUGGUAAUCACCCCGAGCA